AAGCACGUAUUAUGCCAUCACACUAUCCAGUACCAAAAUCAUCUUCGUACCAGUACAUUGGCGCCAUUUACAGCAUCAAUCAGUCGUCAAAACACUAAUUUGUGGGGCACAAUGGAAGGAAGAAGCAGGGACGCCCAUGCUGAGAUUAGUACUCCGAGAUAUCGAGGUAUUCGGCAAAGGAAAUGGGGGACAUGGGUGUCCGAAAUCCGGGAGCCUGGUCAGAAAACAAGAAUUUGGCUCGGAAGUUAUGAGAAGCCUGAAAUGGCUGCGGUCGCGUAUGAUGUGGCAGCAUUGCACCUUAGGGGACGUGGGGCACAGCUGAAUUUUCCUGAAAUGGAAGAUAGCCUCCCCCGGCCAGCCAGUUCUAGAGCGGAGGACGUGCAAGCGGCAGCACGGGAGGCAGCUUUGCUGUUUAGUGGACCAGUAAAAUGCUCGGAUAUUGUAAGCUGUGGCUCUAUUACUAGUGAUGGUGGUUUUGGUCCUGUUAGAGUGGGGUUGUCACCGAGCCAAAUUCAAGCUAUUAACGAAGCACCACUGGACUCACCAAAAAUGUGGACGGAGUACUUGGCUGAGUCUCUUUUGACGGGAGAGCCGAUGGCUAUGGAGAACGAUAUUGGUGUCGGAUAUAGUGAAUGGGAGGAAAUCCAACAAGAAUCCAUUUGGGGUUACUACUAAAUACUUGAUUAAACAACAAGAAUCCUAUAUUAUAAGGGUUUCUUCACCUAAAUAGUACCAGGCUAAUUCUUAAUUUCACUAUCUACGCUAUUGCAGCAUCAUCCAUUUCUUUUCGGGCAGAGAGUCGUUUGGAGGAUUGGAUGGCGAUGCUUAUUACUACGUACGCAUGGAACGAGUUGUAGUUUUUUAUCGGCUCAUUUUGAUGCGUAAAAGAUGUUAAAGAGAGCUUCGGUGUGCUUUAUUUCUGCUUUAAUUUUCACAA